AUGUCGGAAAGGGAGAAGAAAAAACUUCUGACAAAGCUCAACUCUUUGUUUGCCGAUAUAUACAACCUUAAAGAUAAUGGUGAAUUUGUUUACAGAUAUUUCCAAACUUUGCCAUUGAGAACAGGAACCGAUUACUACAAAGUUAUUAAAAAUCCACUUUCGCUUCAUGCGAUAGGGCGUAAGUUGAAACAGCUCAAGUAUGUAGAUGGCCAGGAAUUUGUCAAUGAUUUAGCUUUGAUCACUUGGAAUGCGAGGUACUACAAUUUGCCAGGGUCGGACGUUUAUAAAGAUGCCCAGAUUUUGGACCAGUUUAUCCAUGAGGUUGUCAUCCCUAAGUUAAGGAACGAUAAAUCGGUCCCAAAUGGACAAACUUUAGUAUACCCACACAUCGGCGACUUGCCAGAUGAAAGAGAUCGUGAUGCACCGGUUGGAACACCAGGUUACGCGUUUGACCAACCUCUGGAGCUAAGACAUCAGUUACUUGUGCGAGAAAACUCCCCAAUAUUAAAGACUGAAGAGUUUGAAAUGAGUGUCACUCCACAAGCGGAACCAACUUCAUUGUCUAGACCUUUAGUGAGUACCUCAUUCAACAAAUCAACAGUAUUGAGUACACCCAAUAAAACUCGAUAUGCCAGACAGCAUCACAACCAGCUGCAGGUAGAGAGUGGUAUAAGAAGAGGACGUCCACCUAUUAUUGACAAACCAUUUGAGACUCGUAUCAAGUUGGUCUUGAAGGCUUUCAAAAAAUUGCGCGACAGCAGAGACCGUUUAUUAAUUAAACAUUUCGACAAGCUUCCAGAUAGUAAACUGUACCCUGACUAUUACCAAAUUAUAAAGGACCCAAUCAGUUUGAACGAAAUCAGAGUCAAAGUGAGAAGUAGAAAGUAUAGCAAUGUCGAUCAAUUUAUUAACGAUUUGGAUUUGAUGUUUGCCAAUUUUCAACAAUACUUCCAACGUGAUCCAUAUAGUGAAGAGUUUAUGGACUACCAACAGUUUAGAAAAGAGGCAAAUGUUAUUGUACAGCACGAAUUGAGCAAAACUGAUAAGGAGGUCCUAAUGUCCGCUUCGUCGGCCAGUGAUGGAGUGUUGCGAUUCCCAUUGGAGUCCUUGGAUGUAGGUGGGUACUCGUACAAAAUCGGAGACUGGGUGUUGAUGAAAAAUUCAGCUGAUCCUGAAAGACCAAUUGUUGGCCAAAUUUUCCGUAUUUGGUCAACCGAAGAUGGUAAGAGGUAUUGUAAUAUGUGUUGGUAUUAUCGCCCCGAGCAAACUUGCCACGGUGUUGAUCGUUUGUUCUUCCAAAAUGAAGUUUGCAAAACUGGCCAGUAUAGAGAUCAUUUAGUGGAUGACAUAGUUGGUCCUUGUUAUGUCGUAUUCUUGACUAGAUACCAAAAAGGUGACUUGCCAGAAGGAGUUAUACCCUCGACUGCCCCUUGGUUCAUCUGCGAGUUUAGAUACAACGAAAACACUCAUGUUUUUAACCGUAUUAGAACUUGGAAAGCUUGUUUGCCGGAUGAAGUGAGAGAUGACCCGGAGCAGCCGUUGAUUCCCUUACACGAGACUCGUAAGUUGAUCAAGUAUGACUCUCCAAUAAAGUCUACAUUAGAUCCUGAUGCAAAACUCAACGAUCCGAUACCUGAUCCUAUACCUGGUACAACCAAUUCACCUCCAAUCAGGGGAUCGGUGUAUAUUACAGCACCCAUACUUAAUGAUGACUUGGGUCAAUACACCACUAGUCCCAACACUGUGCCAGUGCCUGAUCAUGAUGAUUUGAAGACUGGUAGAAAGGCAUAUUUGUUUACCCCAAUUUCACAGUUGAAAGGCGGCGGUGGCUCUUCUGGUGCCGUGUACGCGACAAGUCCGGCUUUGCCUCAUGGUUCACCAAACCAUGAGCCGUCAAGACAUACGGGUGGACUGUUAUCUACAUUACCCUUGGCGAGGUCUGCAAUGAGUCCACCUUUAAGUGACAUUACACCAUUGGGUUCCGAGGCAGCUUCUCGAUAUCAACUACAUCAACAAGACGAUAAGCCGCAGUUGCCCACUAGCUAUAGAUCUUUGCACGAUCUGUUGCAGGAGAAUAAGAAAUUGCAGGAACAACAGUUGCACCAAUUUCAGCAACAGCAACAUCAGCAUCAACAAAUCUUUAAACGUGCCUUGACUCCAACACCAACAAGCAUUGUCCCGACAGGUACCAACUAUUACAGCAGUGUACCAGCGUAUUCAAACUUGUACGCUGGUGGGAUUUUGUCAUAUGGUGUAGAAGCAGAAGAGCUUGAUGACUUGAAGGAAUUAGUAAAUAAACGACAAAAGAAGAAUCCCGAAGGCGAGGGUGUUGAUGAAGUCAUCUUUUACCGCGCACCCCCCGUGCAGCUUGCGGGUAAUAGAAUAAUAACCAACCUGAAGGUUGAACUCGGACACUCAGCUAGAUACUUGGCAUGGAAGAUCAAAGCCGAGGCUGAGAGUAAGUAG